CAGUGUAUUGCAAUUAAUUUAGUCUUUGACUAUAUCAAUAAUAACAAUAUAAAUAUGGAUGGUUUCAUUAUUCCAUUUUGUAAUAUGUUUUAAUAUGAUAUUUACGGUCAAUUUGAGCUGCGGACCAAGAAUGUCGCUUUGCCAGCCACAAUGUAAGACGGCUUGGCGUAGAGUUGGGAAAGUCAGUUGUUUACCAAGAGUCCAACAGAGAGAUGUGAACACGGCCAUCAUGGAGCUGCUGGUCAUGGCCUACGCCCUCAAGACUAACUGUGCCAAGAACAUCAUAGGGGUCAUCCCCUACUUCCCUUACAGCAAGCAGUGCAAGAUGAGGAAGAGGGGCUCCAUUGUCUGCAAGCUGCUGGCCUCCAUGCUUGCUAAAGCUGGGCUAACUCACAUCAUCACCAUGGACCUACACCAGAAGGAGAUCCAGGGCUUCUUCAGUUUCCCCGUUGAUAACCUGCGUGCCUCCCCCUUCCUGCUACAGUACAUCCAGGAGGAGAUUCCAGACUACAGAAAUGCCAUUAUCGUUGCAAAGUCCCCUUCGGCGGCCAAGAGAGCUCAGUCCUAUGCUGAGAGGCUGCGGCUGGGCCUGGCGGUGAUGCAUGGGGAGGCCCAGUGUUCAGAGUCUGACAUGGCCGACGGCAGACACUCUCCCCCUCCACUGUCUUCAGGACGCACCACCUCUGGCCACCCUGGUCUGGAGCUGCCAUACACGGGGAGGCACCAGGCUCCAUUCCCAGGCAUAGAGCUCCCAAUAAUGAUGGCCAAGGAGAAACCACCUAUAACUGUAGUGGGAGAUGUGGGAGGCCGCAUCGCUAUCAUUGUUGAUGACAUCAUAGACGACGUGGAGGACUUUGUGGCGGCCGCUGAGAUUCUGAAAGAGAGAGGGGCCUAUAAGAUCUACAUUAUGGCGACACACGGCCUGCUCUCAGCAGAGGCCCCACGGCUCAUAGAGGAGUCCGCCAUCGAUGAGGUGGUGGUAACCAAUACAGUCCCUCAUGAGGUCCAGAAGCUCCAGUGUCCCAAGAUCAAGACAGUGGACGUCAGUAUGAUCCUGGCCGAGGCCAUCCGACGCAUCCACAACGGAGAGUCCAUGGCUUACCUGUUCCGUAACAUCACAGUAGAUGACUGAGCUACACGCACAAAUACAGUGUACACACACAAUGAGACCAAGAAUGUUCAACUCUGUUACAUAGGCACUUGUUUCUUUUCAUUCUAGUUGACUUCCUAUGUUUAUUUUUUUCUUGCAUUCUCAAUGUCUCUUAAUGUCUACUGUUCAUGCAUACCACUAGUCCUUUACUGUACUCUGCUACACUAUGUACAUGGUAAAUAAACAUCACCCAUAUAGACUCUCAGAAAGCACGAACAGCACCGAUAUAUCUUGGAUUAAUUGAAUUGAAUCCUACAGUGUGUAUUGUAUGCAACUUUUCAGUGUUCACUACAGGAUAGCAUUUGGUUAAUAAAGCCUUUUGGAUUAA